AAAUAAUACACAAGUGCGUAGUAGAUAUAUAAUAAUACUGUGUGGUCUUAUUUAAUAGUAUUAGUUUUCAAACGACAAUACAUGUCGCGGUUAGUUCACCGCAGCAGUAGCAUCUCACAAGCCAGUCUGAAAUAAUCCUCUACGUGUGAAUGUUCCGCCUACGCAGCAGAUAGGAGAGAAUUCGUGAAGAUCAAUUUUUAUCAGUGAUGUAUACAGCGAGCCAUGACAGCCACCGACUACAAUGAAUCAAAUGCUGAUGGAGAGAGCGCGAUGGCCCAAGAAGACAACACUAAACGCUUAUUGGUAACUGGAGUGCCCAAUAAUAAAGAUGGAUCGGACAAAUUUGGUAAUCACCCUGAAGAACUCAAUCCGUUCAUUGAGCAGCAGUCAGUUGUUUUUGUCCCAGAUGAAUACAAGUCGUCAAAUUAUUUUUACAAUGAAGAGAAUUUAAAGCUCAAAGACGGAUCUAGGGAGAAUAAGCUUUUGGCUAUGGCUAAUAAUCAAAAUCCUCCUGAUGGUGGAGUACGUGCUUGGAUGAUUCUACUGGGGAGUUUUAUUAUCAAUGGGGUUUUAUUCAGUAUUAUUAAUUCGUACUCGUUGAUGCAAGUACAGCUUACUGAGAAAUUGAAGGAUCUUGGAGAAACCAGCGCGGAAGCGAAAGCAUCACUUGUUGGGUCAUUAACUAUUGGAACGACAUUUUUUUUAUCACCAAUCGCUGGUAUUUUAACUGAUAAAAUAGGUAUACAACUAACGACAUUUAUUGGUGGGUUAUUAGCGUUCGGUGGAAUGUUAUUAUCAUCAAUAUUUUGUGAUGAUGUGAUAAUAUUAUGUUUAACUUACGGUAUUAUGUAUGGAACGGGCGCAAGUUUAGCAUAUACACCAAGUCUAGUGAUUUUGGGUCACUACUUCAAGCGCCGAUUGGGUCUUGCCAAUGGAAUAGUUACUGCUGGAAGCUCGGUAUUCACAUCGAUAAUGCCGUAUGUAAUGAGCGCUUUCCUAGAGCGAUUUGGGAUGGUUGGAGCUUUAAGAAGCCUGGCAAUACUCACUCUUAUAAUACUGGCGUGUGCCAUUCUUUUCAAGCCAAUAGCAAUAAAAGAGAUGACUACCAUCAAAGACAAGUCUAAUUGCCAAAGUGUCAAUAAAUCUAAAAAAGCUACAAUUAAUUUGUCAAUUUGGAAAAAAAAACGUUAUGUUGUUUGGGCGAGUGCUAUUCCAUUAGCAUUAUUUGGAUACUUUGUACCAUAUGUUUACAUUGGAUCAUUUGUAAUAAAGAGUUUUGGGAAAGAAUUCAACAGAAAGAUACCGGUAAUGUGUAUUGGAAUCACAUCAGGAAUCGGUCGGUUAGUUUUUGGUUACAUAGCCGAUUUGCCACGAGUUAAUAGAAUUUUAUUACAGCAGAUAUCAUUUAUCAGUAUUGGAAUACUCACGAUGCUUUUACCAUUAACUCCGCCAUAUUAUUCAGCUUUGGUGGUAAUAGCGCUUUUAUUUGGAUUAUUUGAUGGAUGUUUCAUAUCAUUAUUAGGACCAAUAGCAUUCGACAUUUGUGGUAAAAGUGGCGCGACCCAGGCCAUUGGAUUUUUACUGGGAAUUUGUUCUAUUCCGUUGACUGCCGGUCCGCCAGUCGGUGGUUUAUUAAUUGAACAUACAGAUUCAUUUACCCUGACAUUUGUGGUCGCGGGUAUCCCUCCAAUAAUCGGAGCGAUUGUCAUGUUUGCCAUAAAUUGCGUGGAAGAGGACAAAGUAGAAGAAGAUCCUGAAAAAAUAGACGAUGGAACUGUUAAUGCGGAUUGUUGUCUUGAUGGAAUAGCAAAAAAAGGAUUGGGUUCUCUAUCAAGACUUAGUGGUGGCGGCAGCGUUCAAUCGGAAGAAAAUUAACGAUUGGAUUUAUUAUCAUGUUAAGAAGUUACGGCACACGGAACCUGCUGCACCUUGCGAUCGAUUAAUGUCUACAACUAUAUAAUACGCGAGGAUACUUAAUGCGAUUUUUCACCGUUUGCUCAAUAUUUUAAAUUCCAUACUAAUUGCCGCAUUUAUUUUCAUUACUUUCGUAUAAACUACUCAAAUCAAGUCUACUUUUUUUAAAUCUUUUAUUACAUAAGUUUUCCGUAAAAUUUAAAUCAUUUCAAAUAUUCAGGGUAAAAAAAAAUA